AUGGCAAACUCUCAAUCGGACUAUGAGAUCUCAAUUGGCAACCUCACCUACACUCAUACCUCGGUUGGUCUGCCUUCCCUCUCCAAUGUGUCCAUGUACCUUCCAAAAGGCUCGCGCACGAUCCUGGUUGGCGCGAACGGAGCUGGAAAAUCGACAUUGCUUCAGAUCCUCGCGGGGAAGCGGCUCAUCCUCAACGAAGGCACCCAUGUCCACAUCAAAGGGAGAGACGUCUUUCGUAACUCUCCCCCAGGUGUUACGUUCCUGGGUACGGAGUGGGCAAUGAAUCCAGUAGUUCGCAGCGACAUCGUCGUGAACGACUUCCUCAAUUCCGUGGGAGGCUGGCGUCACAAAGAGCGCCGUGACCGCCUUCUUGACAUUUUGGACGUCGACUUGGAUUGGCAUAUGCACGCCAUAUCUGACGGCGAGCGGCGACGAGUGCAACUCGUAAUGGGGCUAAUGUCGGAUUGGGACGUACUUUUGCUCGACGAGGUCACUGUGGAUCUCGACGUACUAGUCAGGGAUGACCUCUUGAAAUUCUUACGAACCGAUAGCCAGACGCGCGGCGCGACAAUCCUAUAUGCCACACAUAUAUUUGACGGUCUGAAUGAUUUCCCCACCCACGUCGCGCACAUGCACCUGGGAACUUUCCUUUCGCAGCCAGCGCCAUGGCCUAUGACGCCCGAAGCAGCCUCGCAGGUCGUCUUGGUUGAUCUGGGAUCGAAUCCAACUCUGUACAAACUAGCUUUGCAGUGGCUAAGGGAAGACCGGGAUCGCAGACGUCUGCUUGAGAGCGAGGGCCGUAAAACGCGCGGGGCGCGCCAAGAUGCAGUGCCUUCGGAUUCAGAGACAUUUUACAGAAACACCUGCACAGAGUGCCCGACUCCCUACUGCGUGCCCAAUGCUUCUACUAGCACCAGUUCAUCUAGUGUAAGCUCAGGCGCAGUCGCUGGGGCUGUGGUUGCUUCCAUCGUCUUCCUCGUCAUCGCCAUCGGCGCUUUCUGGUUUUAUCGUAGGCGUCAACGCCACCGUCGGGCGGCCGCUGUUGCCCAGGACGCCAAGCCCGAUGUCCCAGCCCGCGCAGAGGAUGUUCUUAAUCGGCCAGACCCCAAUGAGAAGUCAGAGUCCGAGCACGAAGAGAGCACCCUCCGAAUUUAUCCCGGUACGAAUGGCGGCACCAUCAACCUCGAUCCUGAGUCACAGCAUGGUUCUACCACGUAUGAUGGCCACUCUCGUUGUGAAUCCGAUCACUCGAAUCCGUUUGGCGAUAACCAUUCAAUCCAAACGACUUCUACAGGCACGCACUCCAACGUCAUUCCGAUCGCCCUCGUGCCUCCCGCGUCGCUCGCUGGGGCGUCGCAGCAAAGCAACGUGUCGUCCACACAGACAACCAAUGGCUCUUCCGCCUCAGGACCCGUUCGACCCGUUCGUGCGCCGGAUCUCGAUCUCACAAUGGACAAUCCGAACGCAGAUGCAGAGUCACAGUUGUCGGACCUACCUGCCCCUAACAACCGCGCCUCUUAUCUGUCUACGGGUAGUUUUGCAAGCGAUGUCCUCAGCGAAGCUCCUGUUAUCGUUACCCCGGCGCGUGGUAUCGUCAAGCAGCAGGUUGUUGGACUAGUCAAGGCAGAGGUCAUCCGAACGUCUCCGGGUGACAGCCUUCGUGCCCCUGCAAACCGUCCUCCUGUGCGUUCUCCUUUGGCGGGCUCAAGCUUCGGCCCUGCGGAUGUUGUGCACGAGGCGGUGGAGGAGGAGCAGGAUAUUGCUAUGCGAGGCAACCCCUUCUCGGACGAGCACGCACAGAGGUCGCCUGCGCCUUCGUCAGCGACUUUUGGCUCUGUCGUGGCUAGCCCCAGUCAAUAUUCAGAAGCGCCAUCUACCCAGCUCGCCGAAGAAAGCGGUGGCGUCGACCGACCGUUGAGCACGUAUACUCAAGCUGCCUCUAUCGUCGGGUCUGUCAUUAGCGCCAGCGUCGGCAGUGCAACUCGUGUGCAUCUUGGGCUCAACCAGUAUGGUGGGCUCCCCACCGGCCCCAUGCCACAAACGGCCUCCAGCGGCGUGCUCAACUCUCCUCGUAGUCCGUAUCGGUUGACAAGCGCUAGGCUAGUAAAUGCAGCGCCUGCGGGAAAUAACGGUGGCGCACUGGAGCAGCAACAGCACCUUGCGAUGCAGGAAAUCGAUGGUCAGGGGAAAAGGUUGUCGUUCUCUUCCGUUGUCUCGUCUACGUCGACGCGUGCAGACUCUAUCCUCGAGGGCUUCCAUUUCGUACCUCCGUCGCCGAUAUCGAACCGACCCAUCCGCACUCCCCCUCGCUCGCCCUUGGCGCAACAAUCUUUCGGGACUAAUAACGGCAAUAGUGGUGGUGCUUCUCAGCCCGCUCCAUCUCAAGAAACUUCUGCACUGAGGAGCGUUAGCAGGGACCCAGAAUUGGCAUCUCCCCCACCUGCAAAACCAUUUUCUCGGAAGUCGCAUGCGUUGUCCAUUGCUUCUCAGUCCUCGACGCUGUCGAAUGGACUCGGCUCCUUCCCUUUCCAGAUUGAUUCCGGAACUGGUAGCGAUAAUGCGGCUAGCACGUCUCCCCCGUCAUCCUUUAUGGGCCGCCAGCGAGCUAGCCUGGAUACACUCGCGUUAACGAGUGACUUGUCGUCGUAUCCGUUAAAUUUCGACCGCCAGACUCCACCCCCGCCACUGCCACGACCCUAA